AUGGCGUCGCGCAGGCGCCCCGAAAUGAAUCCAAAACUGCACAUGGACAGACAGCCGACAGCUGCACGCAUAACAGAUCCAUCUUUGCCCGCCGGCAAGCGACGCGAAAUCGAUAACGUUAUGAAGAAGGCACGUGCCAACACCACCAACGAUUACUGGGACAAGAAACUGAUCGAGGCCGAAGAGAAAGACCCGAAUCGCUGGCGCCACACCGGCUAUAAGAAAAUGUACAUUCAGGGCGAGAGCAGCUCCGGCGAAAGUGAACGCGAUGCGGCACAGGCCAGCUAUUCCCGUUAUCCGGGGGCACCGGCCAACUCUGGCCCGCCGCCGGCGGCGUCGUCGUCCGCGCGUUACGGCCGCUCCAGGUCGCCGCAUUCGCGAAGUCGCUCGCGUUUGCGCAAAUCACCGCCGCUGUCGCCGCCGCCGCCAUCUCAUGCGCGACGCCGUUCACCGCCGCCGCAGUUUAUGGAGCGCAGGGGGGUUAUGUCGCCGCCUUCGCCACAUCAUAACGGGCCGCCGCCAUUGCGUGGCCGCCCACGCUCGCCACCCAUGCCGCCGCGCAGUAUGCCCCGCUCGCCCAACAACCAUCACAAUAGCAACAGCGACAUGCUGCGUCGUCCGGGCAACGGUCAUGGUCGUCCGCGUUCGCCGCCCGAACCAGUCGCUGGCUCAUCCCAGCUGCGUCGCAAGCCGGCAAACGCGUCGCGUUCACCUCUCAGCCGGCGUCGGUCGCCACCGCUGCCGCCGCCAUCGUCGUCUUCGUCGGGCAUCGAUAAACGUGGCAUGGGCGCAGCGCACAUUUUGCCGCGCUCCAAGCGUCCACCCUCACCGCCGCCAAGGCAUUCGAUGCGCUCGCGUUCCAACAGCUCCAUGAGCAGCAGCUCGGAUGAUUCCUGUUCGCUGUGCUCGCCCAGUCAUCGUCACAGAUCUCGAUCCCGCGGUCCGCGUUCUCCGCCGCCUAAGCCACGUGGCCAUUAUCGGGGCGCCGGUGCGCCGCCGCCGUUGCCGCCGCCUGAAUCCCAUGGUCGCUUGCAUGGACGUCCCACAACGCCGCCGCCGGUGCGUGGCAGUGCUGGCAUUGACAAAUAUCGCGAGGGAAAAAUGCGGCGUAUAAGCCACGAGCGCGGUUUAGCGUCGGAUGCGCAUAUGAAAGUCGGUCGCGCGUCGCGUCAUUCACCGCCGCCAGAGGAUCCGCGUCUCAAGCAUCGGCCGCCAGAGCCACCAGAGCCUGCAGCACCAGCAGCGGCAGCAGCAGCACCGCAGGCCAAAAAGAAAAAGAAGGAAAAGGAGUUACGCACGCGCGUCAAAAUCGAAGGUGAGAAACGAAAGAAGCAUUCGAGUGCGACGGUCACGACGAGUGCCAGUGCCAGCGGCAAUAAUGCCAACUCGUCAUCUGAUUCGGAUGAUUCGGGCGGUUCCGAUAGCGACGAUGCGACCCCUGCACUACCCUCAUUUUCGGCGACAACGCGUCUAACGCUCUCCGAGCGCUUUGGCAAAAUGGCUCAGUGGAGCAUCGAUCGCAGUAAUAUGGAGAAUAUGCGCAUAACCAAAGACUCGGCAGGGGGUGCGCUUAAAGUGAUGAUCGAGGAGGGUAUGGAAUCGCCGCCGCGUCGUUAUUCAUACUCACCGGCACCGGCUGGUCAUUUUCCCGAGGAGUUGGCCACCACAGCACCGUCGGGCAUGCUGUCGUGGGAUGAUGUGCGAGUGCGUUACGAGUACUACAAGAGUCGCGGUUAUUUAAGGGACUUGGAUCUUAAGGACUACAUCAAAUGGGAGGAAUGGUGGUAUAAAUAUCAGGAGUGGUUAAAACAGGAACGCUAUUACGAGUACUGGGAUCGCAGUCAGCAGCUGCGCCGACGGCGCAAGAAGCUGCCAGUUACUCAGCGUUUAAAUUAGUUAAAUGCAAUUAGUUAUUUCCCAAAAGCCCGUAAGCUGUUCCCUUCUACUUUUCCUUUUUGGCCCAUUCAUCAUUCUGUUAGUUCUCCUUCUCCCCUUUAUGUUUUUUGAUCAUUUCACUAACAUGAUUUUUGAAUUUUCUUUUUUCUUUGUACAUUUAUAAUGUAUGAAAAUGCAUUUCGUCUGCUUUUGUAUUUGAUAUCUAAUUUAUAUAUUAUGUAUAUGUGAAUCGAUCGUCGUCUUUGAUCUAGGGUGUCAACUGAUCGCUAUAUAUAUAUAUAUAUAUAUAUAUAUAUAUAUAUAUAUAUAUAUAUAUAUAUGUAUAUAUAUAUAUAAAUGGGUUUAAUCAAAAUUUAACACAGAGCAUUGUUAUAUGUCAGCUAUAUAAUUUCUGUGUGCGUGUUAUUUUUCUUUCAGGCAUCAAGAGACAUUUGUAAACGCAUUAAAUAACAUACAUAAAGAUCAUAAAUAAAGAAAAAUAUGAAAAAAA